ACGAAUUAUUUUCCCUGGUUAACAACAAUUGUAAUUUUGCCCAUAUUUGCAGGUUCUUUAAUUUUCGUAUUUCCUCAGAGAGGGAAUAAGAUUAUAAGGUGGUAUACUAUAUGCAUUUCGGUUUUGGAGCUCCUUCUAAUAACUUAUGCAUUUUGUUAUCAUUUCCAACCGGAUGAUCCAUUAAUCCAACUGGGCGAAGAUUAUAAAUGGAUCAACUUUUUUGAUUUCCAUUGGCGAUUAGGAAUCGAUGGACUUUCGAUAGGACCUGUUUUACUAACAGGAUUCAUUACGACUUUAGCUACUCUAGCCGCUUGGCCAGUUACUCGAGAUUCGCGAUUAUUCCAUUUCUUGAUGUUAGCAAUGUACAGUGGUCAAAUAGGAUUAUUUUCGUCCCGAGAUCUUUUACUUUUUUUCAUAAUGUGGGAAUUAGAAUUAAUUCCUGUUUAUCUACUUUUAUCCAUGUGGGGGGGAAAGAAACGUCUCUACUCCGCUACGAAAUUUAUUUUGUAUACUGCGGGGGGUUCUAUUUUUCUAUUAAUGGGAGUUCUGGGUGUUGGUUUAUAUGGUUCCAAUGAACCAACAUUAAAUUUAGAAACAUUAGUUAAUCAAUCGUAUCCUGUGUCAUUAGAAAUAAUAUUCUAUAUUGGAUUUUUUAUUGCGUUUGCUGUCAAAUUACCGAUUAUACCUUUACAUACAUGGUUACCCGAUACCCACGGAGAAGCACAUUAUAGUACUUGUAUGCUGCUAGCCGGAAUCUUAUUAAAAAUGGGAGCGUAUGGGUUGGUUCGGAUCAAUAUGGAAUUAUUACCUCACGCUCAUUCUAUAUUUUCUCCUUCGUUGAUGAUAAUAGGCACAAUACAAAUAAUCUAUGCAGCUUCAACAUCUCCUGGGCAACGUAAUUUAAAAAAAAGAAUAGCCUAUUCUUCCGUAUCUCACAUGGGUUUCAUAAUUAUAGGAAUUAGUUCUAUAACCGAUACCGGCCUUAAUGGGGCCAUUUUACAAAUAAUUUCGCAUGGAUUUAUUGGUGCUGCGCUUUUUUUCUUAGCAGGAACUAGUUACGAUAGAAUACGCCUUGUUUUUCUCGAUGAAAUGGGUGGAAUAGCGAUUCCAAUGCCAAAAAUAUUCACACUCUUCAGUAGCUUUUCAAUGGCAUCUCUUGCAUUACCCGGCAUGAGUGGUUUCAUUGCGGAAUUAAUAGUAUUUUUUGGACUAAUUACCAGCCAAAAAUAUCUUUUAAUACCAAAAAUACUAAUUACUUUUGGAAUGGCAAUUGGAAUCAUAUUAACUCCUAUUUAUUCAUUAUCUAUGUCACGUCAAAUGUUCUAUGGAUAUAAAUUAUUUAACAUUUCCAACUCUUUUUUUUUUGAUUCUGGGCCGCGAGAGUUGUUUGUUUCGACUGCUAUCUUUUUACCAGUAAUAGGUAUUGGGAUUUACCCGGAUUUCGUUCUCUCACUAUCAGUUGAAAAAGUAGAAGCUAUUUUAUCCAAUUAUUUUUAUAGAUAG